UUUCAACAUGGAACCUAGUUAUGAUUUUUUGCAUAUUUAUGAAGGAGGAGAUUCUAACAGCCCUCUGAUCGGCAGUUUUCAAGGUUCCCAGGCCCCAGAUAGAAUAGAGAGCAAUGGCAAUAAUCUGUUCUUGGCAUUUCGGAGUGAUGCUUCUGUUGGCAUGGCAGGAUUUGCCAUUGACUAUAAAGAAAAACCACGAGAAGCUUGUUUUGACCCUGGCAACAUAAUGAAUGGAACCAGAAUUGGAACAGACUUUAAACUUGGGUCAAGUAUUACUUAUCAGUGUGAUUCAGGAUACAAGAUUAUUGAUCCUUCUACUAUCACUUGUGUGAUUGGUGUUGAUGGAAAACCUGCUUGGAACAGAGUUUUGCCAUCUUGUAAUGCUCCCUGUGGAGGCCAGUAUACUGGAUCAGAUGGAGUAGUUUUAUCACCAAAUUACCCUCAAAACUAUACUAUUGGGCUGACUUGUCAGUAUUCAAUUACUGUGCCUAAAGAAUUUGUUGUGUUUGGACAGUUUUCCUAUUUCCAAACAGCUCUAAAUGAUGUGGUAGAAUUAUUUGAUGGAGAACACCCUCAAACUAGACUUCUGAGUUCACUUUCUGGAUCUCACUCAGGAGAGACCCUGCCUUUAGCUACAUCCAAUCAGAUCCUCUUGAGGUUUAGUGCCAAGAGUGGAGCAUCUGCCAGGGGCUUCCAUUUUGUCUAUCAAGCGGUCCCACGAACAAGUGAUACACAAUGCAGCUCCGUCCCAGAGCCAAGAUAUGGUAGGAGGAUUGGCUCUGAAUUUUCAGCUGGUUCUGUAGUUCGCUUUGAAUGUAGUCCGGGCUAUCUUCUACAAGGCUCCAAGGCUAUCCGCUGCCAGUCUGUGCCCAAUGCUUUAGCACAGUGGAAUGACACAGUGCCAAGCUGUGUGGUGCCAUGCAGCCGGAAUUUCACUGAACGCAGAGGUACUAUAUUGUCUCCAGGUUACCCUGAACCUUAUGGUAACAGCUUGAAUUGUGUGUGGAAAAUCAUAGUGACUGAGGGAUCAGGUAUUCAGAUACAGGUAAUAAACUUUGCCACAGAACAUAACUGGGACUCUCUUGAAAUUUAUGAUGGUGGUGAUAUGACUGCACCAAGGCUUGGAAGCUUUUCAGGUACCACAGUACCAGCACUGUUGAACAGCACUUCCAAUCAACUUUACUUACACUUUCACUCUGAUAUUAGUGUAGCAGCAGCUGGUUUUCACCUGGAAUAUAAAACUGUAGGCCUUGCUUCCUGCCCAGAACCAGUAAUUCCUAGCAAUGGAUUUAAAAUGGGUGAUCGAUACAUGGUGAAUGAUGUUUUAUCAUUUCAGUGUGAGCCAGGAUACACAUUACAGGGACGUUCUCAUAUUUCUUGUAUGCCUGGAACAGUUCGCCGUUGGAAUUAUCCUUCUCCUCUCUGUAUUGCCAAAUGUGGUGGUACACUGACAAAUAUGGCUGGUGUGAUCCUGAGCCCAGGUUUCCCAGGAAAUUAUCCUAGUAAUCUAGGCUGCACAUGGAAGAUAUUGUUGCCUAUUGGAUAUGGGGCACAUAUACAAUUUCUGAACUUUUCCACUGAAGCUAAUCAUGACUUCCUUGAAAUUCAGAAUGGGCCUUAUCACACCAGUUCUAUGAUUGGCCAGUUCAGUGGUACAGAUCUCCCACCAUCUUUAUUAAGUACCACACAUGAAACUCUCAUCCACUUUUAUAGUGAUCACUCAGAAAAUAGACAUGGAUUUAAAUUUGCAUAUCAAGCUUAUGAAUUACAGAAUUGUCCAGAUCCUCCUCCUUUUUAUAAUGGAUAUAUAAUCAAUUCAGAUUACAGUGUGGGCCAGUCUAUCUCUUUUGAAUGCUAUCCUGGAUAUGUAUUGAUUGGUCACUCUGUUCUCACUUGCCAUCAUGGGAUCAACAGGAACUGGAACUAUCCUUUUCCAAAGUGUGAAGCCCCUUGUGGAUAUAAUGUAACAUCUCAAAAUGGUACUGUAUACUCACCAGGAUUUCCAGAUGAAUACCCAAAUUCAAAAGAUUGUACUUGGCUUAUAACUGUAGCCCAGGGUCAUGGCAUCUAUAUCAAUUUCACCUUACUCCAAACAGAAUUAGUGAAUGACUACAUUGCUGUAUGGGAUGGCCCAGACCAAAAUUCACCUCAGCUGGGAGUGUUCAGUGGGAAUACAGCUCUUGAAACUGCUUACAGCUCUAGCAAUCAAGUCCUUCUCAAGUUUCACAGUGAUUUCUCCACUGGUGGAUUCUUUGUUCUCAAUUUUCAUGCAUAUCAGCUUAAGAAGUGCCAGUCUCCUCCAGCAGUUCCACAAGCUGAAUUGCUUGCAGAAGAUGACGAUUUUGAAAUAGGAGAUUUUGUCAAAUACAAAUGUCAUCCUGGCUAUACCUUGGUUGGAAAUGACAUGAUGUUCUGUAAGUUAAAAGCUCAACUUCAGUUUGAGGGUUCUCCUCCAAUUUGUGAAGCACAGUGCCCAGCAAAUGAAGUCCAUACAGAUUCAUCUGGAGUAAUCCUCAGUCCAGGUUAUCCAGGCAGCUAUCUCAAUUCACAAACUUGUGCCUGGACUCUUAAAGUUGAACCAAAUUAUAACAUCUCUGUUUUUGUAGAAACAUUUCAAAGUGAAAAACAAUUUGAUGAGCUGGAAAUCUUUGAUGGUUCUUCUGGACAAAGCCCUUUGUUGGUUGCCUUGAGUGGAAAUCAUACUGGACAACUUAACUAUACAAGCAAAUCCAAUCAAUUAUAUCUGCGUUGGUCAACUGACCAUGCAACUACUAAGAAAGGAUUCAAGAUACGUUAUUCCGCUCCUUACUGCAGCUUAAAUCAUAUUGUGAAGAAUGGUGGAAUUGUAAAUAAAACCAAGGGCACAGUUGGCAGUACAGUUCACUACUAUUGUAAGUCUGGAUACAGGAUAAUUGGUCACAGCAAUGCAACUUGCAGACAUCAGCCAAAUGGCAUGUACCAGUGGGAUUCUCCUCCACCUCUUUGCCAAG